UUUUCGUUAUCGGCCGGUGCGGGGAUCAGCGUGACAGCAUUGGCCUGGUGUGCAGAGACUGCCGUUAACCUGAACGAGUCAUGGCCCAGUUUGGGGGACAGAAGAAUCCACCCUGGGCGACUCAGUUUGCUGCCACUGCAGUGUCCCAGCCGGGCCACUCAGGACAGUCCCUUGACCUCAACAGCCUGCACUCUCUGGGAGUGCAGCAGCCGUCUCUUCUGGGAGCAUCUCCCUCUGUUUACUCACAGCAGUCAGCGUUGGCUGCUGCCUCUCUCAGCAACCAGUCUGCUGCAAACUAUCAGCUGUCUCAGCAAACUGCUGCUCUGCAGCAGCAGGCGGCGGCCGCCGCUGCAGCAGCGCUACAGCAGUCCCAGAUCAAUACGGCGCUGCAGCAGUAUCAGCAACAGCAGCAGCAACAACAGCAGCAGCAACAGCAGCAGCAGCAACAACCCCAGCAACCACCACAACAACAACUGUACAAUGUACCUCAUCAGCUUCCACAGCCUCAACAGGCUCUCAUUUCUCAGCCCCCUGUCGCCUUGCCUACCAGUCUGAGCCUGUCCAACCCUCAGCAGACAGCCCAGAUAACGGUUUCCUAUCCGACGCCACGUUCGAGCCACCAACAGCAGACGCAGCCGCAGAAGCAGAGAGUCUUCACUGGUGUCGUCAACAAGCUUCAUGACACCUUUGGCUUUGUAGAUGAAGAUGUAUUUUUUCAGCUGAGUGCUGUGAAGGGAAAGACUCCCCAGGUGGGAGACAGGGUCCUGGUGGAGGCCGUGUAUAACCCCAACAUGCCCUUCAAGUGGAACGCCCAGCGCAUCCAGACGUUACCUCAACUAGCGAAUCAGUCGCAUCAGCAGCAGCCUCAGCCUUUACCUCAAGCUUCCCCGCAGCUCGGAAGCCUGUACAACGAGCCGGGGAUGCAGCUGCGCUACUCGGACAUGCACUCCACCGCAGACAACAGACAGAAUAACCAGCCUCAAGCUCCAAACAUGAUGAAGGCUGCUCCCACCAUGCUGCAGCCGCUGCCUCCUCCAACCACCUUCAGUGUUCCGGCCCAGGCUCCCCCGCCAUCACUCCUGCAGGCCCAGCUGUCUGCUGCGUCUUUAGCCCCCCUGCUCCAGAACCCUCCUCAGCCUCUGCUUCCACAGCCUCCACCCAAAGAUGUGUUUCCUGGAGGUUUGCUUCAGCCACCGGUGAGAAUGAUGCCUCAGCCACAGCCUGUCAGACGAAUCGAGCCUCCGCCUCGUUUCCCAACACGCAACGAUCGAGGCCCUGAGCUCAUCCUUAGGACUAAAGAAGAACGCAGAGACAGAGAUCGUGAGCGCAGACGAUCAAGAGAACGGUCGCCCACGCGCAAACGCUCCAGAGAUCGUUCGCCGAGACGCGAUCGCUCUCCGAGACGGCCUCGCCGGGUGGUUCCACGCUACACCGUCCAGUUUUCCAAGUUCAGCUUAGACGGCUCCAGCUGUGACAUGAUGGAGCUCAGAAGACGCUAUCAAAGCCUCUACAUUCCCAGUGACUUCUUCGACGCCGUCUUCACGUGGGUGGACGCCUUUCCUCUCACUCGACCCUUCCAGUUUAGCAACGCCUGUAACUUCCACAUCUUGCACAAAGAGGUGGACCCACUUGCGAAGAACACCGCCGUGCUGGACCCUCCUGAUGCCAACCACACCUACAGCGCGAAGGUGAUGCUGCUAGCAAACCCCAGUAUUGAGGAACUCUAUCACAAGUCCUGUGCCCUGGCAGAGGACUCUCAGGAAGUCAGAGAUGCCUUCCAGCAUCCUGCCAGACUCAUUAAGUUCCUGGUGGGCAUGAGAGGUAAAGACGAGGCCAUGGCCAUCGGCGGCCACUGGUCUCCCUCUCUGGACGGAGCCGACCCGGAGAAGGAUCCCUCGGUCCUUAUUAAGACAGCGAUACGCUGUUGCAAGGCGCUCACGGGCAUAGACCUUAGUCUGUGUACUCAGUGGUAUCGUUUUGCAGAGAUUCGCUAUCACCGGCCGGAGGAGACACACAAGGGGCGGACAGUCCCUGCUCAUGUGGAGACAGUGGUUUUGUUUCUUCCGGAUGUUUGGCAUUGUCUUCCUACCCGCUCAGAGUGGGAGGUGCUGUCACGGCGACUCCGGGAGCAGCUGGCUGAGAAGCUGUCGGCCGAGCGAAAGGAGGCGGAUGGAGAACAGGAGGAGGAGGACAAGGACGACGACGAGUCGAAGGACGUCAGCACUCCCACUCACUGGGCUAAACUUGACCCGAAAUCCAUGAAGGUGAAUGACCUGCGAAAGGAGCUCGAUUGUCGCGCUCUCAGCUCGAAGGGACUGAAGUCGCAGCUGAUCGCUCGCCUCACCAAACAGCUGAAGGUGGAGGAGCAGGUGGAAGAGUCCAAAGAGCCCGAAAAGCCCGAGAUCAAAGUCCCAGAAGAAGAGGAGCCGGCCCGCGUGGAGGACGACCGCGAGGAGGAGGAACGGAAGAGGCAGGAGGAGCUGGAGCGGCAGAGGAGAGAAAGACGUUACAUCCUCCCCGACGAGCCCACCAUCCUCGUUCAUCCCAACUGGGCGGCCAAGAACGGCAAGUUUGACUGCAGCGUGAUGUCGCUGAGCGUGCUGCUGGACUACCGGCUGGAGGACAACAAGGAGCACUCCUUCGAGGUUUCCUUGUUUGCUGAGCUGUUCAAUGAGAUGCUUCAGAGAGACUUUGGGUAUCGUAUAUACAAGGCGCUCGCCGCUCUUCCCACUAAGGACGAGAAGAAAGAGAAGAAGGCCAAAAAAGAGGCCGAGAAGAAAGAGUUUGAAAAGCGUGAAAUAAAGAAGGAGAAAGAAGACGAGACUGAAGAGCCCGUGACAAAGAAGGCUAAAGAAGAUGAGGAGGAGAAGAGGAAGUGCGAUGAAAAGAUCAUUAAAAAAGAAGAAUCUCGAGACGAGGAGGAAAACGAGGACGACGGCAGCACAGCUAACGCUGAAGAAUACGACCCCAUGGAGGCCGAGGAAGCAGACGAUGACGACGACGAUGAUAAAGACGACGACGACUCUAAUGACAGGAAAGACCGCAAGGAUGACCGCAAGCCAUCAAAGGAGCGCUCCUCCAAGGACAAGGAGAAGAAGCAGAUGGUCACAUACAACAAGGAGCUCCUGAUGGCGUUCGUCUACUUCGACCAGAGUCACUGUGGUUAUUUGCUGGAGAGAGACCUGGAGGAGAUCCUGUACACUCUGGGGCUGCAUCUUUCUCGUGCUCAGAUAAAGAAGCUUUUGAACAAGCCGGUGGUCCGAGAGUCUUGCUACUACAGAAAGCUGACGGACAGGGGAAAGGAUGACCCCACCCCUUCCUUUAAUGAAGCCCUGAUAGAAAACCUCACAGGAAACCGAGCACUACUUCCCACUCCGAAGGCUCGUCCUCAGUCGGAGGCCAGCGAGUCCGGCAACCUGAUCGUGUACAACGGAGCCAUGGUGGACGUCGGCAGCAUGAUGCAGAAACUGGAGAAGAGCGAGAAAGCAAGAGAGGAGAUCGAACAGAAGCUCAUGGCUCAGGACGCCAAAAUGGACGAAGAUGCGAAGGUGAAAGCUCAGGUGGAGCAGGCCAACAAGUCGCUGUCCCGGGAGCUGGAGGAGGUGAAGAGCACGCUGAGUCAGACGGAGCAGACGCUGAAGGCCACGGAGGAGCAGAAGACGGUCUACCACGAGCAGCUGAGCAAGCUGACCGGCUCCUUGAUGUCCACAGUCAAAGGGCUGCUGGUGGUGCUCAACAAGGAUCAAGACAUGGACGAAUCAGGCGGCGAAGUUGCCAGUGAUGCGAUCCUCGCCUCUCAAACAAAUGGUGCAGAUGAAUGAGUUUUUACUGAAACUAAGCUGAUCUGUAAAACUUCUAACUUGUAAAUAGACAGUUAUUUCACUUAGCUUUUUUUUUUUUUUUAAAUAUUAUUAUUAUUAUUAUUAUGUUUGAUUUGAAGCUGUUGCCACCCAUUUCCCUGUAUAAUUUAAUUCCUGGAUUAGUUCCCUUGUGUUAAUUUGACCAGCUUUUUGUUUGGUAGAGGCUCCUUCUCUGACCUAGAGUAACUUUUAACUCCGACAAAGCUUUGAAGCGGUUCCUCUCAAGGCAACUUGAGUUACUAAUGCUUGUGUUCGCCAUCACUUUAGCUUUGUUACGGCCAAUGAAGUGCCACAUUGUAGAUUUAAAUGCCAGUAUGUGAGGUGUACUUGAGUUGAUUUCGUUUUUCUAAUGAGCAAUAUUGAUGCUAUUUAUGUGUGAGAGAAUUCUUUAAAAAAAAAAAAAGCAAACAAACUAUAUUUAAAAAAGGUAAUUUUGGAAGGAAAAGGUUGGAAGGGCUUCAUGUGGUUCAGACAGAGUUUCUUGGUUCGUCCAUCGCAGCUCUAGUAAAUAUAUUUACUAGGUCUGACUCAUUUUUGUUGGGUUUUGUUGAUCUGAAAACACGGCUAUGCAUGGUUCCUGCCUCUGUUGGACCUUCUCUCUGUCUGCACCUCCUGACUGGAUCCACCAACCGCUGCGCUGCAAGUUACAGUGUUUUUCCAUGUCUGACUGUGACGAGCGUUUGUCUCUUUUUCUGAAAUAGGAAAUUUAAAAAAAAAAAAAGAAAAACAAACCGUGAACCAAAAGUGAAGCUCAAUGAAUGUGU